AUGCCUGAUCCAAUCUCUCCAAUAAACCAACAAAUGAUACCUUUGCGCGAUACACAGUAUCAGACAUCGGAUUUUGAACCUGCAAGCCAUGCUUUUCAACUGCCAAGAUCCCCAUCUGAGCCUCCAGCGCAAGGAGGGCCAUACCAAUUUGACUCGACAUUGACUGACUUGCAGUCUCACGGCCUCUUGAUGAAUCAGCCGCUCACUUCUGCAAGGCAACUAGAUGUCAGGCUCCAAGAUUUCGAUUGGGACUCUUUUGCGCCGUGGGGAAUAGAUUGGCUGGGCCUUGAUCAGGAUUCCUACUUGAUGCAGGCGGCGCUUCCACACCCAGAUCCUGCCUGGCAGUCAGGUAACUCACCAGCUCAGCUUAGUCUGCCGCAGUCUCAACAGCACCCGGUAGCAGAAAGGCCAUCAACGAUUCCGCUAUCCUCAGUGGAUGGCCUCUCCCCACCAGUCCCGGUAGAUCAACGUUCGAACGUGUCCUCAUACCUUGAGACGAGACCUCUUCAAAGCCCGUCAAUCCCUGGGCCGACUCUUCUCGAAAGCAUCAGCGCCGUUCUCUCCAAGACGAUGCUCCCGUCAGACAUCAACAUCCCCCAAUAUAGUGCUGCAAUACGGCAUCUCGAAAAGAUGGUCAAUAUUUAUUUUGCAGAAUUUCACCCAAACUUGCCGGUAAUGCAUAAACCCACGUGGGACAUAUCAAAGAGCCCUACGCACCUGAUUGCAGCAUUGGCCUGCUUAGGGUCUACAAGCUACCACAAGAAGAGAGGGUUGGAUGAAGAAUCAAGUCUCUUAGCUGAGAUAUGUUUCCGACAUUUGAAUAAGGCCUAUCGGCUCGGACCUGAUAGCUAUCAAAAUAUCGAUUUUGUCACAGCAUCCAUGCUGCAUCAAGUGUAUGGCUUAGGUGUCGGGGUACCGUCAAUUCAUGAGAGUGCCGACAAUUUCCGUGGAAUCCUGGUAUUAAGUCUCAGGAGAACUGGUGUAUAUCGAUCUAGGAAUGCUACCGAUCCAUGGAAUCUCGGCGUCCCCGACCUUGCAGAACUCGAUCUUGAAGAUAGCUCGCGACUAGAAGCUGCAUGGUUACAAUGGCGAACUACCGAGAUGGCAAAGAGGCUUGCAUGGUGUCUUUUCGAAUACGACAACAGUCUGUCAUGCUUAACCACAAAGCGGGGAGUGGUGAGCCUACAAGAACUUCCAGACAGGCUGCCUUGUAACGAGUCUCUGUGGGAAGCUCACUCUAUCAGGGCGUGGGCAUCAAUGGCGCUGCUCACCGAGAAUACACUUCACGGCGCCCAGUUUCGGCCGGUGCUGCGGGAACUGCUGAACGGCAAACCCACCAUAGAUAAGCUGUCAACGUGGUGGAAACGUUGCUGCGCACAUACUAUAUCCCGACUUCUCUGGGACUUGAAAGAGGUGGACAACUCAAUCUCGAAUUUGUUUGCACCUGACUCCCUUACAGAAUCUCAGAAGCCUCUCAGAAGGUCUCUAUUGCAAAGUCUGAAAGUACUGCAUGACUCUGCGACUCAACCAUCUCGACACGACGAUCUCGUGCACAUGAACAUUACAUGUCUCAUCAGUCAUCAUGCCAGCCUCAACAAUCGUCGAGAAUUCAUGGAAAUGGUGAUACACGUCUUCCAGAAUUCUGCCAGCUCAAAUGACAUAGAGCUUGAUAUGGUCAAGACCAGAUUGCGGAUGGUAUUCGCCAGCGACGCGGUUCAUGCGAGACGGCUUGCCUACCACGCUGCAUCAAUCAUAGCCAUCUCACGGGAAUGUACGGUUUACACGCCCUGCGAGACAUUCAGAGUUUUCGACGCGUACGCGUACCUUCUAGCAUUUGUGAAGUUUGGACCCAAGAUGCGAAAAGAAAUUGCGUCAAGUGACAGAGGCGAAAUUGCUCAUACUACUGUCGAAACCCCCAUCAGGAAACCCCGCAAUCAAGUCCGGAGUUGCGACGGCUCCGUCAGGCUUGACCGCUUACCAUGGUCUCGAAAUGGAGCCGAGAACGGUGCGCUCGAACUGUGGAUAACCAAAGGACAGGGUCGCGCUUCGCUGGACGGCGCCAACGAUGUUGAAGACGAGAGAAAUUAUACUCGAAUCAAGUGCAACGCCCUGAAAACGAUCGAAAAGUUGAACCUCUGGGGCCUCUCGCUUAAAUUCUACAAGACGCUGGAGAGUUUCACCUGA